AUGAAAUUGUCGACUCGACUGGUGGGCUCGCUCAUUGCCGUCUUUCUCUGCCAUGCCGUCGUCACAUCCGCCGGCGCCAUCCCCCCAAACAUGGUCGUCUUGGGCCCCCCGUCGCGCAGGGGCUCCGUCGGCGCCGUGGCCAGCGAGUCCAGAGAAUGCAGCGCCAUAGGCAGAGACUUACUUGCCCGCGGUGGCAACGCGGCCGACGCCAUCGUCGGCACCACCCUGUGCGUCGGCGUCGUCGCAAUGUAUCACGCAGGCAUCGGCGGCGGCGGCUUCGCCCUCGUGCGCGAUGCCCAGGGCAACUACGAGGCCGUCGACUUUCGGGAGACGGCCCCGGCUGCGGCCCAUCAGGACAUGUUCUUGCACAACACCAGGGGCAGCGUCGUUGGCGGUCUGGCCGUCGGCGUGCCCGGCGAAGUUCGCGGGCUCGAGUACAUUCACAGGAAAUACGGCACGCUCUCGUGGAAGACUGUCGUGCAAGGCUCCAUCCAUGUUGCCCGUCAUGGCUUUCGAGAGAUGACCCCAGUCUCGAAAGAUUUGGUGCGGUACAUGACGGACGGCAAGGGGAAGCCUGCCUACGAUUUUCUGCUACACGACCCGAGCUUUGCCCAAGACUUCGCACCCAACGGCACCUUGCUUGGCGAGGGAGACAUGAUGACUCGAAAACGAUACGCAAGUGUCCUCGAGAAGAUUGCGGAACAAGGGGCUGAUGCCUUUUACACCGGCGACCUUGCCGAGGCCAUUAUCAAGCAAAUCCAGGAAACAAACGGCACCAUGACGCUCGAAGACCUGCGAAACUACGCCGUCGUCUCCCGCCCCGUCAGGAGCACCCGCUUCCGCGACCUGGACCUGUACACCGUCGGCGCGCCCGCCAGCGGCGUCGUCGGCCUCAGCAUGCUCAAGACGAUGGAGCAGUACGACGCCAACGCCGACGCCGACGACGGGCCAGGCCUCGCCGCGCACCGCUUCACAGAGGCCAUGCGCUUCGCCUACGGGGCCCGCGUCGACCUCGCCGACCCGGCCUUUGUCGACGCCAAGGGGCGGCGAGAGAACAACGUGACGGCCCUCGAGCGCCGGCUGCUCGACGACGUCCACGCCCAGCACGUCCGCCGCCGCAUCUCGGACCGCCGCACACAGCCCGUCCGCGCCUACGACCCCGGGGCCGUGUACGCGCCCGACGGCCACGGCACCUCGCACGUCGUGGCUGCCGAUGGCUCCGGCGUGGCCGUGUCGCUCACCUCGACCGUCAACCUCAUCUUUGGCGCCCAGCUCAUGGAGCCCACGUCCGGAAUCGUCUUAAACAACGAAAUGAACGACUUCUCCAUCCCCAACGUCCCAAACGCCUUCGGCUUCCAGCCUUCGGCCGCAAACUACAUCCGCCCCGGCAAGCGGCCCCUCUCCUCCAUCACCCCCGUCAUCGCCGCCUACCCCAACGGCACCCUCCGCGCCGUCGUCGGCGCAGCCGGCGGCUCGCGCAUCAUCUCCUCCACCGCUGCCGUCCUGUGGCACCUCGUCGACCACGGCAUGACCAUAGCCGACGCCCUGCGCGAACCUCGCCUGCACGACCAGCUCAUGCCCAACACCGUCCUGCUCGAGCACGGCUACGACAACCAUACUGCCGCCGCCUUGAUGGAAAAGGGCCACCGCGUCACCUGGGUCGACGGCGGCCUCAGCGCCGUGCAGGGCAUCACGAGGUUGGACGAUGGCACCUUUGACGCGGCCGGCGAGCCUCGCCAGGAUAACAGCGCAGGACUUGUCUUGUAG